AUUUCAAAGUCAGUAAGGUGCUAACUUCCCUCGGAGAUACAUCUCGAGAGUAGCAAGACAAAAAUAUAGUGAGCAAAAAAAUCAAAUGCGUUGAAAAAAACUAUAUACACACAUCGUUUGUUUGUUUAUUCUGUGGAGAAGUUUUUAUUUGUGUUUUUUUUUCUGUCGAUAUCUGUGCCCCCGAAGAAUAGUGAAGAAUUGAUCGCGCGGAAUAUCUCACCUGAGAGGUUGAUGAAUAUUUUGGAACAGACUUUCAGUGAACGCAAAGUGUGAAAGCACAAUCUAGAAGUGAAUCACAAAGUGACUACUUAUUGACGAAGUGAAUACAAUGGCAGUUGCAAGUUUGAACAUGUCGCCGAUCUUCUCCGGAUAUCCAUUCCAAGGUCAGGGUCGUGUGAACCAACUAGGAGGAGUGUUCAUCAACGGGCGCCCUCUACCGAACCACAUUCGGCUCAAAAUCGUUGAGAUGGCCGCGGCCGGGGUGCGACCGUGCGUGAUCUCCCGCCAGCUGCGCGUGUCCCAUGGAUGCGUGUCGAAGAUCCUGAAUCGCUACCAGGAAACCGGUUCCAUCAGGCCGGGUGUGAUCGGUGGCUCGAAACCACGCGUUUCGACGCCCGAAAUCGAGACGAGGAUCGAGGAGAUGCGUAAGGCCAAUCCGGGCAUCUUCAGCUGGGAGAUUCGGGACAAGCUCAUUAAGGAAGGUAUCUGUGACAAAACAUCGGCCCCGUCCGUAAGCUCGAUCAGUCGUCUACUGCGUGGGGGACGCCCAGGUGAGGGCGAGGUUCGCGGAAACCAUUCGAUCAACGGCAUUUUGGGUGGAUCUUCGUGUGAUGAUGAUAGCGACACCGAAUCCGAGCCGGGAAUUCAGCUCAAGAGGAAGCAACGUCGAUCGCGGACCACGUUCAACGGCGAACAGUUGGAAGCGCUGGAGAUUGCCUUCGCCAGAUCUCAGUACCCGGAUGUUUACACUCGCGAAGAACUUGCCCAGAAGACCAGACUCACCGAAGCUCGCGUCCAGGUGUGGUUCUCGAAUCGUCGCGCUCGGCUACGUAAACACAUGAAUUCCCACCAGCUUGCCGCCUUUAACGCCCAGUAUCCGCCACAGUAUGAACAGCAGGCAGCGGCUGUCGCCGCGGCCGCUUCAGUUCCAUCCGUCGCCGCCGCCACCAACUCAUCCGCCGCUUUCCCAUCCGCAAUGCAAUCCUGGAACCAAGCCUGCUAUCAACCAAUGAACCAGACCUCCAUCCACACACCCACCCAGACAGCCUACAACCCGCUAGCCCAGACCAUGAUCCACCCGACCUCAGCUACCAUGAGCCCACCAACCUCUCUCAGCCCACCGACCUCCGUAAGUCCGGCGCACUCGGGACACUCGGGACAAAUCCCUGCGUCCACUUCUCCCGUCCAAAACACCACCUCCGCCGCCGCCGCCAACUACAACUACUUCCCCAUGCUGGACAACCACCAUCACCACCACCACGCACAAUCGUACGCCGCGGCCAGCACGGGUUACCCUACCAACACCAUCGCUCCCACGAGCGCAGCCAUCGACAACACCAGUAACCAAUGGCGUUCGGCUCACUCCGCCCACCACAACAAAGCGACCACCGAAUGGGACGCCUAUAGCUCUUUCUUCUCGAACAACGUCAACCACCACUACUCGAGUUCGGCCGCCGCCGCAGCGGCUGUCGCCGCGGAAGCCAAAUCCGGAUAUCCCUACUUCGGCCAGCUGGGAGGACUCGAUAUGAGCCGCCUGCACUAGACGAAUAAAACAACAAGAAGACAACAACAGCGAGCACAAUAAAUUAAUCAUAAUUAACAACAGUGCGCGAGGCGUGAAGAUGAAAUAUUAUCGACAAGCUUUAGGAGAACAAAAAAACCGAGAGACAGAGAGGCUGACAGAAAGAGUGUUGCAACGCAACAUACGAAAUGCAUAAUUUAUGAACGCCGCCACUCGUAGAUAAAUUUAACAACCGAUUCGUGUUCGAUGCCCCAAGGAAAAACGGGCGCUGCUUCGCGGAAGGCAAUAUAAAAACAACAAACAACAAAGAAAAUCAUAGGUAAAACAGCGGCACUUUUGCCCACGAUGACGACGACGACGCAUUCACUUCCCGAAAGUAUUGUGUACCUUAGCUAAUUUUUAUGAGCUUUUGCGCGCCCACAACUCAAAAUGGGGUCGCAUGUGUAAAUAUUUGGACUUGACUCCACACCGCUCGAACAAAGCAGCGAUUAGUGGUUUUCUACAAAGAUAACGCUCAGAACAGGCAGUGCGGAGCGGUGCACAAUGAGAGUAAAAUUUAUGUUAGACUGUUAGACUAGUGGUUAAGUAUGAGGGAGAGAGAGAGAAGAAUACUCGUAACUAUAAGUAGACGUUGAAACAAAUCAAAAGGUAAUGUGCCGACGGCUGUGUACACCUUUCCAAUAACCAACGAAUGAAUGUAGGAUUUGGAUUGGUGCGCAGCUCGCAGUUGGCUACCCUCACCUAGUAUACUUCAUCAUGUUUAUUGAUAGGUUGAAAAUAAUAUUUAUGUCCGUAGUACAAAUAUAUUGAUUGUGGUAGGAGUUUUGAAUAAUAAAA